AAAGAUGGCGAUAAAAGACAACAUUGAAGCACUUUUUAAAAAUUGAAAUUUUAACUUCAAGUUGAUUUUAUAUAUUUUAUGAUCAACGACAACAGUAUUUCCACAAAGUGAGAUCAGAAUAUAUUUUAGGAUCAAAUAUGGUAAAAUUAAAUAUUUUUUUGAAGUGAAUAAUCCUCGUAUGGCUAGUUAAAUCUGGAAGGAUGAACAAUCGGCGAGAUGUAUGGCCUCUAGGGCGCCCUCUCUCUCUCUCUCCAAAGGGACGGCCAGAAAAGGACUUGGGUAUAUUUGGCUAUUUACUGAUGAACUGUUUAAUUUUAGAAUUUUCGAUAUGAAGCCCUAGUUUUUGUUGUAUUGAGAGACAUUAGUUAUAGAUAAGUGAAGAAAUGGCAGCUUCAGUUUGGACUCUACAACUUCAUACAGUCUCAGUUCCGCCGGGAAAGACAGUGGAUUAUGCAUUCCGAAAGAGGAGGUUGAAGAAGCUUGACGUACUUGCCUUGGGUGAUGGCAGGAAUAUUCCAGACCAAGUCAUGGUUGUCAAGUCCGAGAAGCGGAAUUUACCUGUUUUACUACAACAUGCUGUUUUCAAAUUACAAGAGACUGUCAAAUCUCUCCCUCCCGCUACCCUCCUGGUGAAAAAACAUUCUGGUGUUAGUUUAGCAAUUGGAGUAUCCACCAUGCUCACCUUGCUGGUUAUUGUGGUGAGGAGUUAUGUUGCAAAGAGGUCAAGACGCAAUCGCCCUGGUUCUGUUGCUGAUCUUGUCAGGCGUGGCCAGUUAAGAUCCGAUAGAAGAGGCAUAUUGAAUCCUCUUAAAUAUGACGACCCAUUCAAUAAUCCAUUAGUGAAAGUCAGCAAGAGCAAUUCAACUGUAGAGAUGUGUGGGCAAGUGUACCGUUUGGCACCAGUAACUCUUACCAAGGAGCAACAAGCUGUCCAUCAGAAGCGGAGGUCACGUGCAUAUCAGUGGAAGAGACCAACGUUGUUUCUUAGAGAAGGUGAAUCAGUGCCUCCUGAUGUGGAUCCUGACACUAUCAGGUGGAUUCCUGCAAAUCAUCCUUUUGCUACUACUGCAAGUGAAAUUGAUGAGGAUCUGGCACAAACUAAUGUUUACCAGAAGCAUGGUGUUCCAUUCCGCAUUCAGGCAGAACAUGAAGCUCUGCAGAGAAAGCUUGACGCACUCCAAAGUGAGCAGAAACUUGGUAAACUAGUCAUGGAUCCUGGGGCUGCAAAAGAUUUUGAGAGGCCUUUCAAAACACGAUUGAAGACAGAGGAGCAGUUCGAUCAAGGCCCAAAUAACCGGCAAAUGGGUUCCAUAUGUUCAGAAUCAGAGGGUGCUUGUGAUUCAUUUGUCAGCAGUCAUAGUUCUGAAGAAAUGGAGAAACCUUAGGUUUGUUUCGUUAGUAUUUUGUAAAUUCUGUUAGAAAUUGGGUAAGGGCCCAGUUUGAGUGAAGACGACCUGAUAGUCAUGUUUUCAGUUGACAUUGCUGGGUUCCAACAGCAUCAGAAAUGAGACUGUAAAUAGAAGUUUUUUCCUUUUCUGCCAA